AGUGAGUUGACGGUUGGAAGGUUCCGGAAGGUUCCUGUGUCCCGCUGCAUUGUGGGAACUGUAAGGCCGGUCGGGUUCCUGAACGCAGUGACAAGAUGAUGUCCACACCUGUUAUCCUGCUGAAAGAGGGCACGGACACCUCGCAGGGGGUGCCGCAGCUACUCAGCAACAUCAAUGCCUGCCAGGUGAUCGCCGAAGCCGUUCGCACCACCCUGGGCCCCCGCGGCAUGGACAAGCUCAUUGUAGAUGACCGAGGAAAAGCCACCAUAUCCAAUGACGGGGCCACCAUUCUGAAGCUCCUGGACGUGGUACAUCCUGCCGCCAAGACCCUGGUGGAUAUCGCCAAGUCACAGGACGCCGAGGUCGGCGAUGGAACCACGUCCGUCACACUGCUCGCUGCCGAGUUCUUAAAGCAAGUGAAGUCGUACGUGGAGGAGGGGCUCCACCCACAGAUCAUCAUCCGGGCCUUCCGAACCGCCACACAGCUAGCAGUCAGUAAAAUCAAAGAGAUCGCUAUCACCGUGAAGACAGACAAUAAAGAUCAACAGCGUCCCCUGCUGGAGAAAUGCGCCGCCACAGCCCUGAGCUCCAAACUCGUCGCACUCAAGAAAGACUUCUUUGCCAAGAUGGUGGUGGAUGCCGUGUCCUUGUUGGACGAUCUGCUGCCGCUCAAGAUGAUUGGCAUGAAGAAAGUGCAGGGAGGCGCUCUAGAGGACUCCCAUCUGGUGGCAGGAGUUGCCUUUAAGAAGACCUUCUCCUAUGCUGGCUUUGAAAUGCAGCCCAAGAAGUACGAGUUUCCUAAGAUCGCUCUCCUUAAUGUGGAGCUGGAGCUGAAGGCAGAGAGGGACAAUGCAGAGGUUCGGGUCAGCAAUGUCGAGGACUAUCAGGCUAUUGUAGACGCCGAGUGGAACAUCCUCUAUGACAAACUCGACAAGAUCCACAAGUCCGGAGCCAAGGUUGUCCUGUCCAAGCUUCCCAUUGGGGAUGUUGCCACACAGUACUUCGCCGACCGGGACUUGUUCUGUGCCGGCCGGGUUCUUGAAGAGGACCUCAGGAGGACCAUGAUGGCCUGCGGAGGUUCCAUCCAGACCAGCGUGGGUGCUCUGACCGAUGAUGUGCUGGGUCACUGUGCGCUAUUUGAGGAGGCCCAGGUGGGAGGAGAAAGAUAUAACUUCUUAACUGGCUGCCCCAAAGCCAAGACCUGCACCAUCAUCCUGAGGGGCGGAUCUGAGCAGUUCAUGGAGGAGACGGAGCGAUCUCUGCAUGACGCCAUCAUGAUCGUACGCAGAGCCAUCAAGAAUGACUCUGUUGUUGCCGGCGGUGGAGCCAUUGAGAUGGAGCUGUCCAAGUACCUGCGAGAUUACUCGAGGACAAUCCCCGGCAAGCUGCAGCUCCUUAUUGGUUCUUACGCCAAAGCCCUUGAGAUCAUUCCUCGCCAACUCUGUGACAACGCCGGAUUUGAUGCCACCAAUAUCCUCAACAAGCUGAGAGCUAAGCAUGCCCAGGGCGGUAUGUGGUACGGCGUGGACGUGAACAAUGAAGACAUCGCAGAUAACUUUGAAGCCUGCGUAUGGGAGCCGGCCAUCGUGAGAAUUAACGCUCUGACCGCGGCCUCAGAAGCCGCCUGUCUCAUAAUGUCUGUAGACGAGACCAUAAAGAACCCGCGCUCGGGUGCAGACGCAGCUCCUGGAGGUGGCCGUGGCAGGGGAAGACCGCACCAGCAUUAAAGACCCAGGGG